AUGCCAAUUCUAACGAACAAUCUAAAUCCGGAUCUGAUAUCGGUUUGUAACAACUCGAUAUGGGCGAUCGGUGAGGUGGCGAUGAAGAUGGGUGAGGGCAUGCGGCAGUACGUGAACAACAUGCUGCCGGCGUUGAUUUUCGUGAUGAACCGGGAUAAGGGACCGAAAACGUUACUCGAGAAUACA